AUGAUGAAGCUUCUUCGUUCAAGUUCAAAUCCAUGGCGUGGAUAUGCCAUUUCUAGGGUUUUUGGUGCACUAUUCUACUCCACAGAGGUGCUGCCCUCCUCCUCAUCAUCACCCCCAUUUCGGCUUCUGCACAGUAGGAUUUGGCAGAUUGGAAACCCUAGGGAUUCCAUUCUGCCAGUGCUCCAUCAAUGGCGGGUAGAAGGGGGAGACAUCAAGCAGCCCAAGCUCCAACUUAUCAUCAAGCUGCUCCGAAGGUAUCGUCGAUACGGCCAUGCUCUGCAGAUUUCAGAGUGGAUGAGCGAUGAAAUGAAGCAUGAUCUGCAUCCUGGAGACAUUGCGGUGCGGUUAGAUUUGACCUCAAAAGUCCAUGGGCUUGAAGAAGCCGAGAGUUAUUUUGAUAGCAUCCCAGAGUCAUUAAAAGUGGUUCCUGUGUAUGGUGCUCUGAUUUAUUGCUAUGCAAAGCAUAAUUGUUUGGAAAAGGCUGAGAGUGUUUUUGAAAAGAUGAAGGAGUUGGGUUUUUUGAAAGGACCAUUGUGUUAUAAUACAAUGUUAAACCUUUAUUCUCAAAUGGCCACUUCGGAUGUAGACCAAAUGGAGAAGCUUUUGAUGAAGAUGGAAACUGACCCUGUAGUCACUUUGGACUGGCAUGGUUAUGCUGCCGCAGCGGAUGCGUUCUCGAAAGCUGGACAAUUGGAGAAGACAGCGGCAUUGCUGAGGAAAUCGGAGCAAUUCAUUAACCGUGAAACAAGGAAAAUUGGUUAUGAACACCUGAUGACUUCAUAUGCUGCUAUUGGUAGUAAACACGAGGUUUAUCGAAUUUGGGAAUUGUACAAGAACGUGGUAGGGUUCUACAAUAACGGCUAUCGGUGUAUGUUAAGUUCAUUGUUGAAGAUGGAUGACAUUUAUGGUGCUGAGAAGAUUGUGGAGGAAUGGGAAUCUGGGAACAAAUUCUUUAACAUUCAAAUACCCAACUUGUUGAUCAAUGCUUACUGCAGGAAAGGUCUUUUGGAGAAGGCCAAAUCAUAUGUGAAGAAGCUUUCAGAGGGUGGAAAGGAGUGUUGUCGCACAUGGGCCCUUUUGGCUACCACAUAUCAUAUGAAUGAUCGGAUGGAAGAGGCAGUGGAAACAUUGAAAAUGGCAGCAAGCUCGGCAUCUCAACCAGGAUGGAAGUUUGAUAAUUCCACUUUGGCUGCUUGCUUUGAGUACUUAAAACAGAAGGGAGAUGUUGAAAAAGCACAUGAAUUGCUGAUAAUAUUCAGAGAAAGGGGUCAUUUUACAACAGAUUUAUGUGAUAAAAUUAGAAAUUAUAUUGGUGGUUGUGCACCCCCAGGUUCUGGAGUUAGGUGA